AUGUUUGAACAAUUCAGUGACAACUUGAGAAAAGACUUGAGUGUACUGGAUAAGCUGAAAGAUCGGAAAUUCGAUGCGAUGAUUUUCGAGGCAUUGGCUUUUUGUGCUCAUCCAAUCCAUGACUACCUCGGUAUCAAGGCAAUAUUCCCAUCGUGGUCAAUGACUCACAUGACUGAGUUGAGUAAAUCUAUCGGAGAGCCAGCAUCGCCAAGUUUUGUACCGACUACCGUAUCACCAUUCGGAGAUCAAAUGACAUUCCAAGAACGUCUUCUGAAUACAAUCGGUGAUCUAUCUGGAUUUCUGUUGGCACCACCGGCUAUGAGAUCCUAUAAGUAUCCGCAUCAAGUCUUGGAUAUAGAGGAAAUCAAAUCGAGAGCUCCAUUUGUGUUUGUCAACUCCAACCCAUUCUUAGACUUCCCCCGUCCAACUCUAUCAAAAACCAUUGCGAUCGGUGGGAUCUCUGUGAAUGUUACCCAAAUGAGAGAGGAGAAAUUGUCGAAGGAAUUUGAUGAGAUAUUGAAGAAGAGAGAGAAAAGUGUGUUGAUUUCUUUUGGGUCGAUAUUGAGGUCGAGUGAGAUGCCCGAUGAGUAUAAAUAUACUAUCGUCCGUGUCAUCAAAUCCCUCCCUGACGUCACCUUCAUCUGGAAAUAUGAGACGAAAGACAUCAAAUUCGCCAAGAACCUUCCAAAUCUUCAUUUCUCCAAAUGGGUCCCACAAACAGCUCUUCUAGCCGACUCCCGACUAACUGCAUUCAUAACUCAUGCCGGUUUAGGGAGUGUGAAUGAGUUGAGUUACUUGGGCAAACCUGCAAUUCUCAUUCCAAUAUUCGCGGAUCAGUUUAGAAAUGCAAUGAUGUUGGCAAGGCAUAACGGGUCGAUUACAUUAGUUCGUAGGGACUUGGGAGAUUUUGAGAAGCUGAAGAAAUCGGUGGAUGCUAUUUUGAAUGAUGAGAGUUACCAAAUCAACGCCAAAACUCUCUCCCAUCAACUCGAGAGUCAGCCAUUCUCUCCUCAUGAUCUCCUCGUAAAGUACGCAGAGUAUGGUGCGAGAUUUGGAGAAAUUCCCUCACUGGACCCCUAUCAUCGGAAAAUGUCAUUUGUCUCAUUUUUUAUGAUUGAUAUUAUUCUGUUCUUGUUUGCUAUUCUAGUAGGUUUUGUUGCUUUGUUAGUUUUUGUGGUUCGAUUGAUCUUGAGAACGAUCUUGAUCAGAAAACUGAAAAUGAAUUGA